UUUAAGAAAUCGAUCUACCAAACCGAUUAACAAUGUAAGCGAGACCACACAAACUAUACCGGAAAGUGAUUCGAGCUCCGGACAAGUCAUUAUAAAACAAAAAAUCCGAAACAUAUAGGGAAACGACCCUAGAUGACCGGGAUACCUACGGAGCCCGAUGGCUCCUGGGCAAGUGAAUCUAUUUCUAAUGCAAAAAAGAAAGUCAAACUUGACUCUAAUGCAGGCAAUAUUAUAAUAAAGCCGCUAAUGAAGUAAAAUGAAGGAAAAGAUGACGAGCAACUUAAAUAUGACACAGAACAUGGAGGACAUUUCGUGGUGUAUAUUGACAGCAGAUGCAAGGACCAAGAAAGAAAACCAAUCAAUGCCAUUACCAUAUCAAAUGUACUCAAGAAAUUCAACCUAGAUGGAAUUGACGAAGUAGUAAAGGUGCGAUACGGUAGAGUGAAGGUCGGAUGUAGGUAUGCAGAGGUAGCAAACAGUGUUUGCUACGAUAGGCGACUUAAGGACAAGGGAUAUGAACCAAAAAUUUUACAACAUUGUUUGUCGAAGACGGGAUUAAUCUUUGAUAUCCCCACAGACAUUCCAGUCGAAGAACUCCUACAAGACUUAAAGUCUUCGAUACCUAUUAUGAAAAUUAUUAGAGUAGAAAGGAGGGAUGGAGAAGAUAAGGAAAAGAAGAUACCAACCAGAAGAAUAAAAAUCUUUUUCAUGGGCCAGAAGCUGCCGAGUCACAUAUACUAUGCAUAUACAAAAAUAGAUGUAAAACCCUUUAUACCUCUGACACAGUGCUACAGAUGCUUUCGGUAUAAUCACUUCGCGCAGAAUUGUAAGGAACAACUGGAGAAAUGUAAGAAAUGUUUCCAAGUACACUCGGAGGAGGAGCAAUGUAAGAAGGUAGUGUGCGUUAACUGCAAGCACGAGCACGCGCCAACAUCUAAAGAUUGUCCGGCUCGUGUAUAAGCUUUUAUUAUAAAAAGGACAAUGACUUUGGAAAACUCAACAUAUGAAGAAGCACAAAAAUAUUGACAAGCAUAUUGGGAAACAGAUUUGAAAUAUUGUACGGUUACAAUGAGCAAUUCCCGCCUAUACAGAAGAGACCCAGAGACUUCCCAAUGGAAACAAGAAAAGACACAACAGCAUAUAUACAUGAAAUUCUACCGUACAAUAAAGUUGUAAAAUAUAACCAAAACAGAAUAAGGGAGGAAAUGAAUGCGUCUAAUACGAUGCAGGAAUGGAGAGACGCCAUACAACCUAUCAACUUAAAUGAAAUAAGAAUUGGAACACAAAAAAUCAAAGACACGCAGGACAGUUUUAAUGAAUUAAAUUUAGCUAUAACUAAACAUUUAACGUCAAAUGGAAACGAAAGAUUAAACCGCAGCACAAUUGAAUUAUUUAACAACAUCCGCACAACAAUCAACAAAAUUAAUAACAUAUUUGAUAGCACUUUAAGAACAAAUAGUACAAAUACUAGAAGUUUGGGAGACAACAACAACUUAACAUAAACAACAAUUAUGAAAAUACUACAACUUAAUGUUCAGAGCUUGAAGAAACUAGGAAAUAAGGAACUGUAAGAAUUAUUUUUACACAACAAUAGCAUCGACAUCGCUAUGCUUUCAGAGACAUGGUUUAAGAAUAACUACGACACAAGCUUAGCUGAAUAUAACUUUGCAUACCAGAACAGGAGCGACGGAUAUGGAGGAGUUGGAAUCUACAUUAAAAAAUACAUAAAAUUCUCAAUAUUUAAUAUACGCUCUGAAAUAGAAAGUAUUGGAAUUAAAACUUUAAACCUUAAGAAAAAUAUAAAUAUCAUCAGUAUAUAUGCACCGCCCAGCAUCAAUAACCACGAUUUCCGAACUGGAAUGGACAAAAUUUUUACAUAUACAAGAACACUAAGAGAAACAACAAUAAUCGGUGGAGACGCUAAUGCAAAAAACUGAGCAUGGUAUCAAGGCAUUACCAAUCGAAAAGGAUCUAUACUGGAAAACAUAGCAGCAGACAAUGGUUUAAGAUGUCUGAAUGACGGAUCGCCAACAUUUUAUAUCAACCCUACAAAUAAAUCAGCAAUAGAUGUGACUUUUACAAAUGAUAAUAGUAAUAUUUCAUGGAAAACAAUGACAAAACUAACCAAUAGUAAUCAUACCCCAAUUAUAAUUACACUAGACCAGUCUUACCAGACAAAACCAAGCUUAAAAAUACUACAUAAUAAAAUCUUAUCAGAAAUGAGUUCGUUCAAAGUGGGAAAUUCUCUACAAGAAUUUACCAAUAACUAUAAUAAAGUGAUAAGAAAGAAUACAAUCCAAGUGCAAAAAAACAAAUAUGUACCCAAAAUUUGGUGGUCGGAUUUGUCUCAAAGGCUCUUUAGACUAAGAAAUGCAGCAAGGAAAAAAUACUAUCAAUUCCCUACAAUUCCAAACGCAGAACUAGUAAAAAUAGCGGAUAUCAAUUUAGCUGAACACGUAAAAGAACAAAAAAAGAAAAGUUUUGAAGCCCUUACAAAAGACAUAUCGAAUCCAAGCAAUAUCAAAGAAAUGUGGUGUAAAAUAAACAAUUUAAAAAAGUAUCAAUGUGAAAAAAAGAUUAACAAUUCUUGGAGCAGUCAAGAUCAGAACAAAUAUCUAGCGUUCAUCACUCGUACACCUAUUAACAUUACAACCAACCAAAACUCAAACACAGUAGCGUGCAAUAGUAAUGAUCAUGAUGAUAUGUUCAAAGAAUUCAAUUAUGAAAACUUUGUACAUUUUUUACAAACGAGAAAUCUAAAAUCAGCAAAAGGAACCGAUCUAAUUUCGUAUAAAAUGCUAAUGCAAUUGAGAGAGGGGGGAAAAAGAAACUUAUUUAAAAUACUGGAAGAUAUAUGGAUUACAGGAAUAAUACCGGAGAAAUGGCGCGAAAUUAAGAUAAUACCUAUUUUGAAAAAAGAAAAGGAUAAAAUGGACAUAUACAAUUAUAGACCAAUAUGCUUAAUGUCGGUCCUAGCGAAAACGGUGGAAGGUAUCAUUAAAGUAUAUGUUGACAAACAUAUCAAUGAUAAGGCAUUAGUCCCCGAGAGAUCCUACGGAUUCAGAAAAAACAGAUCGACGACGUUGUGCAUCAAUGAUUUAAUUAAUUUGGUGUAUAUUAAGAAAGAAAAGAAGAUGUAUGUUAUGGCGGGUUGCAUAGACGUCGAAAAAGCAUACGAUUCGGUGGAUAUAAAUAUAACAACAUUAUGGAAGAAACUGAGUUUAAUGACAAAGUAAGAGAUUGGAUAAUAUCAUUUCUUAGCCGAAGACUGGUUGUACUUGGACAACAAAAGGCAAUAACUAACAACGGUUUGGCGCAAGGAAGCGGGCUAAGUCCAACAUUGUUCAAUAUCUACACAGCACAAAUACAUUCUGUAGCAAGUGAAAAUUGUGAACUAUUCCAAUAUGCCGAUGAUUUCUUUCUUGUAUGCACACAUAG